GAGAACUAAUAACUGCAAAGUGCAAAUGAGCAAAUGCACAAUUAUCCGCCAGGUUUUUCGAAACGAAAAGUGAAGCUACGAUUAUUGAGAAUAUUUAUUUGUGGUGCAGUUUUGUGUCUUAUAAUUGUUACCUUUUAAUUCUUUGAAGAUUGUUCAGACUGGUUUAAUACUGCCUGUUCCAACACUAUGGCUACCAGCAACGUGGACGAUGUAAAAUCUCAAGAGCCUGCGAGAACCUUCACUCUUGAAGAGUUACAGGCGGCCUACAGUCACUGGUCUGAGGGGAAGAAAGGUCCGUCUCCGUUACGACCACGGGACCAUCCCUUGCUUCCCGUGGCUGGUGGCCGCAAUGUCCUGAUCUCGUCGGCACUGCCGUAUGUCAACAAUGUUCCGCACUUAGGAAACAUCAUCGGGUGUGUCCUGUCGGCGGAUGCCUUCUCGCGUUUUUGCCGUUUACGGGGCUACAAUUCUCUGUUUCUCUGUGGUACGGAUGAAUAUGGAACGGCGACGGAGACGAAAGCUAUCGAAGAAGGACUGACACCGCGACAGAUCUGUGACAAAUACAAUGCCAUCCAUAAGCAGGUUUACGACUGGUUCAACAUUGAUUUUGACACGUUUGGACGCACUAGUACGGACGAGCAGACUAAGAUUGCGCAAGAUAUAUUUUGGAAACUGCACAAGAAUGGACUAUUAUUGGCGGAAAGCAUGGAACAGUUGCACUGCGGAAAUUGUAAUCGAUUCCUGGCUGAUCGAUACGUGGAGGGUACGUGUCCCUUGUGCGCGUAUCCGGAUUGUCGCGGAGACCAGUGUGAUAAAUGUGGAAAAUUGGUUAACGCUACGGAAUUACUUAAUCCGAAGUGUAAACAAUGCGGUGCGACCCCCGUUGUCAAAUCUUCGGAUCAUUUGUUCCUGGAUCUGCCGAAAAUUCAACCGGAGUUGGAAAAAUAUCUUGAAAAGGAAGCGUUUGGUAAGGGAAUGUGGACGCACAAUGCGAAAUUGAUUACGCAGUCAUGGCUGCGGGAUGGUUUGAAGCCGCGAUGCAUUACGCGGGAUUUGACUUGGGGGACACCGGUGCCUCUGGAAGGUUACACAUCGAAAGUGUUUUACGUGUGGUUUGAUGCACCAAUUGGUUACAUCUCGAUCACGGCGAAUUACACGAAGGAUUGGGAAAAAUGGUGGAAAAAUCCGACUCAGGUUGAAUACUACAAUUUUCUGGGAAAGGAUAACGUCCCAUUCCAUAGCGUGAUUUUUCCGUGCUCCUUACUUGGAGCUAAGGAUAAUUACACCCUAGUCACUCACAUGAGCGCUACAGAGUAUUUGAAUUACGAAAGCGACAAAUUUUCGAAAAGUCGUGGAGUGGGUGUGUUCGGAACGGACGCUAUAUCCACAGGCAUCGAUGCGGAUAUUUAUCGUUUUUAUCUUCUUUUCGUGCGUCCAGAAAACCAAGAUACGUCAUUCUCGUGGGCCGAUCUCGUGCUGAAGAACAACACUGAACUGCUAAACAACAUUGGCAACUUUAUUAAUCGCGGACUGAGCUUUUUAGAUAAGAAUUUCGGUGGUGUCAUCCCGGAAAUGAAGUUAAUUGACGAAGAUUUUCAACUGCUGGCCAGCAUUAAUUGUGAAAUUGCCGCAUAUGUGAGCAACAUGGAGCAGGUCUGUCUGAAGGAAGCAUUGCGGGAUAUUUUGGCCGUAUCGCGUUUGGGUAAUCAGAUGAUGCAAGCAGCACAACCGUGGGCUCUCGUUAAGGGCACGGACGAGCAGAAAAUUCGUGGCGGCACUGUGAUCGGUUUAGCGGCAAAUAUCAGUCUGCAGUUGUCGAUUAUGCUGUUGCCGUUUAUGCCGCAUUAUAGUAAGGUCAUCCAACAGCAGCUAAACGCCCCGGAUAGCUGUUACUAUUUGGUGGAAUACUUGAUUUGCCAUCUCGAAGCUGGACAUAAGAUUGGCACACCGGGACCGUUAUUCCGCAGAAUUGAGAGCGCGGAAGUGGAAGAUUUGAAGAAACGUUUCGCCGGGAAGCCAGCGCCUAAACCAGAUAUUCCAGCUGCGGCACUAAGUCCGGAGGAGCUUGAGGCGCUGAACAAGGAAAUAACAUCGCAGGGAGAAGUGGUGAGGUCAUUGAAAACUCAGAAUGCAGCAAAAGAAGAAAUCGACAAGGCGGUUGCGGUGUUGUUGGGUUUGAAGAACAAACUGAAACUGCAUGGCGGUGCUGGUGAUUCGACGAAAGCAGAAUCUAACAAAAAAGGAGCAGCUAAGGCGAAAGGUGGACAAAAAACUCCUGUUACAUCCGGUUGAUACUUUUGUUUUAUAGUUUUAUAUUGAUCCAUUGAUUAUUCGUGAAAGUCUUCGGUGCAUUCGUAAAAAAAAGCGAUCUUAAAAAUGUGGCUUUGUUGUUUUGGCUUCGGUGCGUCAAGGAAAGUUAACCGGAGACAGAGAAAUGCAACAGCAUUUGUUACUUACUUGUUAUCUCGCAUUGUUAUCGCAUUUUUCUAAUGUCACUCAGUUCCAGUACUAGUUGUCCACUAAUGCUGAAAUUCAUUGAAAUGUUUGAAUACAGUCA